GGAGGGGCGGGGGUGGCGAGCGCUUUGCAGCGGGUAUUAAUCUCUUUCCGCUCAUUCUUGUAGCAGCAGGAGGGGAAUCCCCCUCCCUCCGCCGCCUCCCUCCCCCGGCAAUGCCGGCACUGCCCCGCUGAGACGUGCAGAGUUUUGGGGUUGACUUGCACCUGGCCGCCCUGGAAUAGAGACUCUCCGGAUCGGAUCGGUUGGGGGUUUGUUGUCUUAUGUCGUGUUGGGAAAUCUGGUGGAUUUUUUUCUCGCUCGUGGAGGAAGAGCCCGGUGCAGGCAGUUGGCUUCGUGGUCUUUUUUGGAGGGCGAAGGAAGGGAAGGGAUCUCGCUUGAGCCGUGCGGAGAGACAGCCCGGACAUGUGUUGUCAGCACAUCUGGGGAAUACAGUCUGCAAGUCCGAAAGGAAAUUUGCUGGGAUCGUUCAAACUGCGAUAUUGAUCUUUGUUAUUUUUUUUCGCCGAGGGAUGCACUUGGCAUGAGAAUCGGAGGAUGGAAAUUGUUUGGGAGGUGCUUUUUCUUCUGCAAGCGAAUUUCAUCGUCUGCAUUUCAGCUCAACAAAAUUCACCAAAAAUCCAUGAAGGCUGGUGGGCUUACAAGGAGGUGGUCCAGGGAAGCUUUGUUCCAGUGCCCUCCUUUUGGGGUUUGGUGAACUCAGCUUGGAAUCUUUGCUCUGUUGGGAAAAGACAGUCACCUGUCAAUAUUGAAACCAGCCAUAUGAUUUUUGAUCCCUUCCUAACUCCACUUCGCCUAAACACAGGGGGAAGAAAGGUCAGUGGGACAAUGUAUAACACAGGGAGACACGUGUCUCUACGGUUAGACAAAGAGCACUUGGUCAACAUCUCUGGAGGGCCGAUGACCUACAGCCACCGCCUGGAGGAAAUCCGGUUACACUUCGGGAGCGAGGACAGCCAGGGGUCAGAGCACCUCCUCAACGGACAGGCGUUCUCUGGGGAGGUUCAGCUGAUCCACUAUAACCACGAGCUGUACACAAACGUCACAGAAGCUGCAAAGAGCCCUAAUGGGUUGGUGGUAGUUUCCAUAUUCAUGAAAGUAUCUGAAUCAUCAAAUCCAUUUCUAAAUCGUAUGCUUAACAGAGACACCAUAACGAGAAUAACGUAUAAAAAUGAUGCAUACUUACUACAGGGGCUUAAUAUUGAGGAACUUUAUCCAGAGACAUCUAGUUUCAUUACAUAUGAUGGGUCAAUGACAAUUCCACCCUGCUAUGAAACAGCAAGCUGGAUAAUAAUGAACAAACCUGUCUACAUAACAAGGAUGCAGAUGCAUUCUUUACGACUGCUAAGCCAGAAUCAGCCAUCACAGAUAUUUCUGAGCAUGAGCGACAAUUUCAGACCAGUCCAGCCUCUCAACAACCGAUGUAUCCGAACUAAUAUCAACUUUAGUUUACAGGGGAAAGAUUGUCCAAACAAUAGAGCACAGAAACUACAGUAUAGAGUAAAUGAGUGGCUCCUCAAGUAAGCAAGGCAGAGCAGGCAGAACCCAUGACGACAGUGGAAUGCUACUGCUGGGAUCUGACAUCAUCUGGAAUGCACCCAACCUCACUCCCUGGGUUCACAACAGCACGUGCUGUGGGAAAAGAGCUGCCAUGCUGGAAACUCAACUCAAAAUUCAUUCAUAUGAUCGGUGGAAAUUUAAAAAAAAAAAAAAAAAAAAAAAAAAAAAAA